AUGGAGAUAGUAGCAAUUCCUCUUCUCCACGCGAAAUUGCUCGAACCGGUCAGUUUCCAUGCAACACCAAGGCAGGCAACACAAUUCGAGCAGUUUCUCACAUCGAUCGAGUUCAAAAAUGAAGAUAUUUCGGAAACACCCGUCGGUCGGGCCGAAAUGACAAAAAGAAAAUGCCAGAACUGCAAGGAGUUUUCUGCUUUUGGACUGCGUAGCUACGAAAGAAAAGGAAACUUGGACAUUCGAAAUCACCUGUCCACUAACCUGAAGAUAUACAUGGGAGCAGGCGACUUGCGGCCCUACGUGGAAGCAGCCGCCGCUUACAUGCGCGAGCAUUACCCAGACGCCCACACGAAAGCCAAUUCACUGCCUGAAGGGUAUAUUCUAGCACGGAAGAAAUUCGAUAAGCACGUAGAAAAACUUGAAGACGUGGAGAGCCUCCAGCCGGGCGAUCUAUCCGUCGCCAUGGUCUUCGAUCGCCUCAGGAAUGCUUUCAAGGAUGUGCCGUCUCUCACUGUCUUUGAUUACUCCUUUGCAGAAACCUUUCUGAGGGGUAUCGAUGAAGAGCAUAAAGAGUUGCUGAUCAAAAAUUCUAGACUCGAUGAAGGAGACCUGGAGGAUGGCGAUCAUGAUGUCUUCAGCAUUGGAAUAUCGGACAAAAAUAUAUUGGGACUUUUCAUUCAAGUAAAGGGAGUUGUUCCACGCUCAUCCGAACGUGCGAUCAGAGAAAAAAUCUCGAAGGCAAAGAAGCAAAUCAAAAAGGACUUACGUUUUUUCAGGAUCAUGUGCGGUGAAUUUCUGAAUCCGAGCGUUAAGCUUGCGGGUUUUAUAGCACUGCCGAUGCUCUCAAAUUCGGAUUUGCAGGAUGUGAUCAAAUGCGAUCAUUGCAGAGCACAUAUCAUUACCUCUGACGAUCUGCACGAUCCACGACGUUUCAAGGAGUUCCUAGCGAGACACGGCAUCUCCUUGGAGUCCUGGGAUGCCUCAUCCCCCGCCACGCAGACCUUCAAGGACAUCCUCGACCUCUACGUGUGCGCCGCAGCAGCCGUGGAACUCCCAAAAAACCAAGCCGAGUUCCUCGCCCAAAGCGAGGAACAAAUGCAACGGUUGCUCGUGCUUCUCACGCCCGAACAGAGGAAUUUAGUGGAGAGUAAUUCAGAAAGGAUUUUCAUAUUUGGCGGAAGCGGAACGGGGAAGACGAUAGUCCUCGAGAAAAGAGCUGAGAAAUUGGCGGAGACAGCUGAAGUGUUGGUGGUGAACGUUGCCGGAGGAAAACUGACGGAGCAAUUACGGCGCGACUUCGAAGGGAAAAAUGCUAUCCAAGUGAUCGAUGGCGACCCUGAACCUUCCCUGGAUGAGGACCUUGAAAGGUUGAAGAAUAUCCUAAAGGAGAAGGGAAAAGAAAAGCACAUCCUCAUCGAUGAAGUCCCUAUUACACUAGGAUUUCGUGGGAUUUUCACCCCAGAAGCUCUUUCGACCCACUGGCAGGAGUUUCUGGAAAGCUUGAAAGACUGUGAAAUCAAGUCCGUCACUAUUGCCUUCAGACCGAAUGAUCAGUCCUACUCCAAUGAUUUCAGCCCCGAGGACUUCAACCCGGGUGAAUCGUGCGAAGUGAAGGUCCUGAAAAAAAUCAAGAGAAACACAAGACAUAUAUCUGAAUUGUUCCUGGCCAUUGGGAACUUUCGGAGGCAAGUCUUUGUGUCAUCUGAGCCUUCUCUCCGGCUGAACAUCAGAAAUUCAAGGCGACCGAGCUUGGACACAGCUUCAGGGGAACAGUGGCUACCCCGCUUGUACACGUUCCCAUCAUGCCAAGCCCUUCAUUACAAAUGCAAAGAUCCCACGAUCUGCCGUGUUGUCAGAGCCGCCUCCGCCCUGAAAGUCAUUCACGAUGAAUACUCGAAUACCACCGAAAAGGUCCUCAUUGUCGUAGUUGAUGAUGAGAAAGUGAAGAAAUUCAAGAACGAAAGCAUCCUUGAAUUGGAGGAGAAGGACUUGCCUCCCUUCGACAUACAAGAUACUUGCGUCUGGAAAGAAGAGGAGGAGAAAGGGGAUGACACGACUGGUAAGGCAGUAGUUAUUGGAAUAUUCGGAUACCCAGCUUCGGGAAAAUCCAUGGAAGUGGACAGAAUCAUGCGACAAUUCAUGAAGCGUCGGCGCGGAGUCAUUCUUCAUUGCGGAGGUAUGCUGUCUUGGGAACUUUAUCAACGGCGCUGGAAGGAUCGCGCGGACUUAGUGGAAUGUCGCCGAGAUGAAAUCAAGUCACUCCACGAUGUUAUCAACCAUGAAAGCGUUAAAAAAGCCAACAAGAGGGAGGGAACGGCGAACAAAGAGGAUGUGCUCAGUCCUCUGUUAGUAGUCGUCGAAGACUACAUGUUGUCGGAAGAGUUGGUGGUGAAUUUUCAAGAAGCAAUAAAUUAUUUGGUAAACAAUAAAAUCAAGGUUCUCAUCGCUUUCACGACACAUUCGGUAGAUGUUUCUGGAAUCUCAUUGGAAAAAAUUAUAACGGACUGGAAAAACCAUAAGGACUGCAAAACCAUUGUCCAACCAACUCAACCAACUAACGAGCAACUUCUCAAUUAUAUCCAAGAAAAUGAAACGCCAACUGCUUUGAACUUGGAAGCGAAGAGUCUGCUUACAUCACCCGACCCUUCAGACAUAGUCCAAGGCCAAGUCCAAAUGUUCGAUCGCUGCUCGGGACAACACGGAGGGUACAAAUGCAGGGGAAAGAACUCAUGUUGUAAGGAUGUGUCCGUCCUUGCCUCGCUUCUACUGUCCGUAGCUUCAGAUAUCACACUCAAACAGGGAUCGGGUGAAAAGGUACUAACUGCACUAGUGUCGGAUGAAAAUAUACUGAAUAAGUUGAAGAAGACUCUCGGGACGAGAGUGCCGCAUGCAAGUGCUGCAUGCAAGACGAGCGAAAUCGAAGUGCUGCACCCAAGAGAUUUCCGUGGAUGUGAGGCUGCAGCUGUCAUCUCCGUCGACGUCAGUGACGAAUGGUUGCUGGAAGUCAUCUCCCGCUCCAGGACUCUCCUCAGCAUCAUCGACAACCUCGAUGAACAUGAAGACUUGUGGCGGACAAUGAUGGAAAAAGGAUGCGUUCAACCGAAACUUGCGCCCUUCCCGAAAGACAUUGAAGACGGGCCAGAGCUCCUGAGGCUUGACGAUGCAUGGAAAUUCCUCAAAAGGCCCACCUGGGACGAGGGAGCAAGCCGGAUUGGAGAAGCGGCGGUCGGUGCAGCGAAUAUCCUGGAUGAGUCCACGGGUUCCAUUUCCAUUUCCCUCUUCAAAGAAACAUGGGAAUACCUCAAAAAAGCAAGGCCCUCUCUUCCCGCAUCAUCAUCUCCUUUCUCCCAAUGGGGAUACGUUGAUAACGGGUGGAUGGGGAGAGUGCCUCAAUCUGAUGACAAGGUCAGAAUUCUCGAUAUCCUCAAAGAAAGAGGAGUUGAGGGAGGGGAUGAAGGCCACGCACUCCCAUUGAAAAUAAGAAAGGAGAAUGGAGCCGGGGGAGUGCUGGAGUCCCUCUCCGUUUACCUCACGGGUUCUCUUCUUUUCUACCAUCUUCUGCUGAAAGUAUUGGGCGAGGAGGAUCCCAAGAAACCAUAUCCUCUACUUCAAAAAGCAUCGAAACUCCUCCAGAGGCCAAUCGUCCUCAUUGGGGAGAAUCCCUACGACUCAAGAACCUUCUUCCCCGGAACAUUUGCAACCUUUGCAGGUGAGAAACGGAAGGGUGGAAUCCUCCUGUUCGGCAGCACCUGCAACGACUCCAUCGGAAUCCAUCCAGUUGUUCCCAUGGAUAAUUUCGAAGAUCCCCGUGAUAUCUGGAUGAUGAAGGGUAAGCUACCCAAAGCAUACGAUGAAGAACACAGAAUGAUCCCCUGCCUUUCCCCUGAAAAAAUUGUCUUCCGAGGCGAAGUGGACGUGCAUUGGAAUGCGCACACAGUGCCCCUGUUGUGGGCCCUGGACCGACAGGCGGCCGGUUUAGCGCCUCUCAGCACAGAUGCCACUUGA